CUGAAUGAUGAUGGUGUCUGUGUCGGUUGUGAACGCUGUUCAAGCAAUUUGGUUGCUGCAAAGUAUUUCAUUGUUAGCCGGUGCUCAGAAUCUCGCAGAGAUGGUCUGUCCAGUGGAUGUACCAGAUGGGUACUCUGUAGUCGGGAGGACAACGUACCCACACUGGGUUUACUUCACCUGCCAAGGAUGCAAUGGCCAAGAAACCUGGGGGAGUUCUCAAUGUAAACAUGAUGGCACACGGGACGAAUUAAUAUUACCUAAUUGUACAGUUUCGUGUCAUAAUAGUGAGAUGCCCUAUAGAUGUAAGCCUUGGGUUCUACAAGAUUGUGAGUUCAGACCCGAUAUUUAUUGGGAGAAAUGUGGGCGGUCAUGUGAUACCCCGGCACUCUGUCACGGGGGGUCAGGCGAGUCAGACUGUCAGUGCGGCCAGUAUGCCCAGAAUGGACGAUGUGAAACCGACGCUAACAUCCGGGACACUGUUUGCCCUUACACCUGCUCCCGUAGAGCUCAAAUAACCUGCAGUGACCCGAAUCUUCUUUUCCCUCACGCGUUGGCCUCACUUCAGACAAAACGCCUCACUGGUUGGACGUGAUGACCUUCACAUGUGAGCCAGGCUACAUCAACAUGGGCGACGUUUCUUGGGUGGCUUGCAGCAGGAAUGGGACUUUUCUGUUGCAUAAUAAUGUACAAACACCGCACUGUGUUCCCAAGAAGAAGUAUGGAACUUUCAUAUUCUCCCCCAAGCCGAUCCGACUGAUGAUCCUCCAUUCACUUCCGGCUGAAUCCGACAUGAGGUGUGCUGCUGCAUGCCGGGAAAAAACGUCAUGUUCCUACUUCUUCUUUGAGAACAAUAGCUGCAGCAUGUGCAAGUACUAUAAGUGGAGAUCAGGAGGAUUAAACAUGGCAGGAAGGCCACUCUGGCAGAAAGUGUUUCCUA